UUGGAACCAACCCAUAUCCACAUAUACAUCUACAGUUCUCCUUCACAUAUUAUUAUGGUUUCCUUAUAACGGUCGAAUUCACAUAUCAAACAGUGCUUGCUAGAGCUAUUUGCUAUGCUAGCAAACACAAACACCAACACCAACACCAUGUUUUCUCCACCUACGACUACGAGGUUUCUACAACUCAACUCUCCAUUCUCCUCCUUCUUACUACCUUCAAACCAAAGGGUUCUCUAUCAUGGCCACAGCGGUCGCCGCCUUGGUCGGCUUCAGACAUGUAGACAUUCCAUGUUUCUCAAUACAAAACCUGUCCUUAAAGAUGGUACUCUUAAUAUCAAAGGUAAGGAAGCAUUGACGGGUGUGCCUGACAAUGUGGUUAUCACGCCAUUGACGGAUUCAUCAGCAUUUGUUGGUGCCACUUCCACUGGUGAUGCUAGUUCCCGACUUGUGUUCAAGCUUGGAGUCAUCGAGGAUGUGAGGUUAUUGUGUAUAUUUAGAUUUAAAAUAUGGUGGAUGAUACCUCGAGUGGGGAAUUCAGGCAGUGACAUUCCUAUUGAAACUCAGAUGUUGCUCCUGGAAGCAAGGGAAGGACCGGAAAUUGAUGCAAAAAAUAAAGCAACUUCUUAUAUCAUUUUCUUGCCUGUGCUAGAUGGUGAAUUUAGAAGUAGCUUGCAGGGGAAUUCAUUAAAUGAGCUCCAGUUCUGUGUUGAAAGUGGUAAUAUUUCAAAGUUCUGCUUAUUCCCUUUUUAAAAAUUUUUAUCACAU